AUUCAGUCCCCCAAAAUGAGGACAUCACAAACUUUGUGACAUAUUGUCUCGGAAUUCCGCCGUCGACAGGAGCUGAAAAUGGCAGACAUCGUGAUCAUCGCCAUAUGGAUCUUAGCUUUUGUUCGCAGCCUAAGUGGAUGCCCCGACCGCUGCUCCUGUACUCGAGUAGGAGGCUCUUUCUACGUGGAGUGUGCCCACCAGGACUUCAGUGAGGUCCCUGCUGGUGUUCCUCCUGAGGCGACCAUCCUGGGUCUCUCUGCUAACAAGUUAACUCUGCUGCCUCAAGGAAGCUUUGACAACACCACUCUGCUCACCAGUCUGUGGAUGGCGCACAAUCGUAUUGUGGUCAUCGAGUCGGGAACACUCGCACCCCUGGUAGGCCUGCGAAACCUGGACGUGAGUCAUAAUAAAAUAGUGGACUUUCCUUGGGUCGACCUCCGAAAUCUCACCUCACUGCAGCAGCUGAAGCUGACCAACAACGAGAUGGUCACGUUGCCUAAGGACGCCUUUGUCAACUUGCAAAGGUUGCGCUCGCUGUGUCUCAACAACAACAGGUUCUUCACCAUCGCCGAGGGGACCUUCGACAGUUUGCUGUCCCUCAAGCAUCUGCAGCUCUUCAUCAAUCCGUUCCUCUGUGACUGCUCCCUUUACUGGCUCAGAGAGUGGAUGUCCAACACCACAGUCUCAGUUCCAGAGCAGAAUCUGAUCACGUGUGCAGGUCCAAUAGAACUUGAAGGAAUGCUGGUCGGACAGAUGCCCCAGCUGUCAUGUCUUGCCCCACAUAUCACCAUCAGCCCGGACAUUAACCACGCAGUUCUCCUUCAGGGGGAUGAGUUGAUGAUGACAUGUAAAGGUGAAGGAAACCCACCACCAACUGUGACGUGGCACAUUCACAGCCAAACCAGGAGACAAGGAAACCGAGAUGCAGUUCAGGUCUUUGAUAACGGGACGCUACUGGUACCACACUUGACUGAUCACCACAGCGCUAACUACAGCUGCACUGCUAAGAACUCAUUUGGUGAAGCGAAAAGGUCUGUGUCUGUAGAAGUGAAGCCCACUUUUAUUCACCGGAAUUUCACAAACACAGAUGAUGCACUCAGUGACGCUCCCUGGGGGGAGUUUUCUGAGCAGCAGCCGCAGAAUUGGUCUAGAAAAUGCAACGCGACACGCAACACUCGCUACGUUUCCUAUGAUGUUCUCAACGCAAGCUUUGACGGUCUCCUUGCGUUUGGCACCAUUUCCCUCAUCGUGUCAGAGACGGAUGUGACUGUGCGCCUGGAUCCUCUUCAUAUGCACCGGUCCAAACACCUUGAGAACCCAGAAGGGUCUGAUGAGUCCUCAGAAAUCAUUCACCGGCUGCAACGUUUGUACGUUUGUGCGGCAGCGGCUCAAAAGCAUCUGUCUGUCCAGUGGACUCGGAUCAGACCGGGUAUCAGCACCUACAAGUUUGAUGACUUGAUACCAGGGAGCAACUACUCCUUGUGUGUGACAGACAGUCAGGAUGACUGCAAAGUCCUCAUCUUGUUCACCACUGGGAGAAGAGCUCCUAACCUCCUGGUCAUCAUCUCAGUCAGCAUUGGCCUCCUCACUGUGGCCACCAUUCCGCUCAUAGUCGCAGUCUGUUACCACCUCGCGUACAAAUACCACCACUGGACCCGCAAUCUGAACCUGAAGGCCAAAGAUCAGUACGUGGCGGAGUUGAACAUGCAUUUCAACGCUCACGCGUCACGCACUGAAUCUCAGAGCAACAUCAUCGGCAGCCAGCUGGAAAUGGAGGGAAGUGAAAGUAGAGAUAAAGAGAAGGAAGAAGACAGUGAAGAAACAGUUUCCUCCCAUCCCUCUCGCUACAGAGAGAAUUUCGACAAGUGUGAGUUGGAGUCUGAAAACAGUGACAAGCUUCCUUUGGGGGCUGAAGCUUUGAGUAUUAUCGCUCAUCGCGACAGCACAAAUCAGUAGCUCUUUCUUCUUCUGAAAUCGUUCACUGUGCUCUCACUCCACGACUGAGACUACACUCUCAUAAGAGGGUCGCUGAUUCUAUUUACGUUGCUCAGCUGACCUCCGUUACUUUCUGCAGCCUGAGGAGAGUUGUGUUAUAUGGAACACCUCUGAUGGCGCUAAACAACAACAACUAAGGGAAAUCAUUUAAACAGAGUGAAGGAAUGUUGCGUGGAGAUAAAGCCUCGUGUUUCCUGUUAUGUAAUGACACAUGUGUCAGCAGAAAUGCUAUCACCCCUUAAUCAUGUGUUUGUUGGUUCAAAUUUGUUUGUGCACGUGUCGACAACAUAACUGUAGAUGCUUGCGUUUUCUGAAGAUUCUGUUUUAGUGCACCCACGUGUGUACCAGUAUGUACAACAGAGUAGGUGGUUAGAUACUGUCUUGAAAACACUGCCUCACCGUUUCAUGCAGGUGAAGAAAACCCAUGUUUACUAUUGUUAAAUGGUGACAUCUUUCACUUCUCCAUAUUGAAGCAGCUUGUGUCAGCACAAGCAGUUUGCCAGCGCUGACCUCAGAAGCUGAUCUACUCCUG